UCGAGUUUCAGCAUUACUAUCAUAAAAACAAUGAAAAGACCAGGGGGUAACAGAAUGUUUAAACGCCAGCCACACUACAGUACAGACUUCCAGCAGAACUGAAGGCAGAGAAAAAAUGACGUAUGUCCCAGUGCUUUGGAACCGCUACAAUCAAACACAGCAUGAUUUUGAUGACAUGUUUCACUUUAUGGAUGAUUGGGAGCCUAUGUCCGUAGGUUGUGGAUAUGGUCGUUACCCAACGUGCCCGAUGCGAAGGAGGCGCAGACCGGAGACUUCACUGGCGGAUAGAAAGUGGACAUACAGCGUUAAAAUUGGAGACUUCGAUGCACAACAUGUCAAAGUGAAAGUUGAUAACGGUAACGUAAUUAUUCAUGCUAAGUACACAGAUGGUAAUGAUGAAUGGGGAGAUACUGUUGAACGCAAAAGGACAGUCAAAGUUCCCGAGAAUGUUGAUGCUGAAAAAAUUCACAGCUUCAUGAGAUCAGAUGGAACUAUGGUAUUGGAAGCCCCAUACAAUCAUCCAGAGGAGAGACAACUCCAAGUUGUACCACAUGAAGGUGGUGCCUUAGUGUCAAGUGACAGUCACAGCAACUUGAUGAAAUUCAAUGUUGAAAAUUUUCGUCCAGAGGAGGUUAAAGUUUCAUGUAAAGAUGGAACGUUGACAGUCCAAGGAGAAAAACAGAGGUCUGAAGAUGGUCAUGAAAUACGCGAAUCAUUCUGGCGUCAGAUGACAGUUCCACGGUCUGUGGAUGGAAAGAACAUUGAAUGCUUAAGGGAUGAGGACGGGAAUCUUACUAUACGUGCACCAGCGGUUGAAGAUGUUGAAAUGGAACAAGCCAAGAAAUAGAUUUAGCUUGACUUUCCAUUUCACAAUAGCAGGCUGUAGUCAACAUUAUGUCCAUUGUCAUUGUUUUUGCAAUGAUUGAACCAAUCAUUUGAUGUUUCAUUCUGUCAGUAAUGUUAAAAAAAAAUUGUUUGCUAAUUCAGAUUAUUUGAAUUACUUUUUCUCAUAUGUGUUUGAUGUGAAUCAGUAUUGUGUUAGAAGCAUAAAACAUGCUUUGACAAUCAUGUAUAUUCUAUAAUGGACCAAACGUUAGAUGUUGCAUAAUUUUUAGUUCAAUUUUAAAAAAGAGAACAAAUAUGUUACUAUGUUGUGUAUACAUGUUUUUUUUGUUAUUGUCAGAGAUAGACAUUAAAUAAUCUUAACACAG